UCGCUCGACGUCCCGUCAGUGUAUAGCGUGCGCUCACAAAGCCAAGCUGUUGCCGAACAUAGCUGAACCGGCUUCCGCUCCGCCGGUACUCAUACCGACACCCAUACCGGACCGGACCGAACCGGAGCUCACCGAAAUACUGGAGACGGUUACGAUCACGCCGCCUAUUAGGACAAUGACGGCGAAAUCGGAGAGUGGAGUUAGGGAAGCGUUGGAGGACAGAGAUCCUAACAACUUGAAUCAGCACUUACAGAUAGUAUGGGAUGAUAUAAUAGGCGAGCCGGAAGGCGUACGUAGUCCGGAAUGCGCUUGGCAACUCAGCCACGUGUGCUUCAGACAAGCCAGGAACUGCUGCUACACUUUGCUUGCUGUGCUGAUUGCCCCUCCGUGUGCCCUGCUCCUCGGCUGUGGGUGCGCGUGUUUAGCAUUUGAACAAAUUUGGUGUACCGCUCCGUGCUUGCGCUCGCUGAAGAUAUACUGCGCGUCGUUACGCACUAUGGUGCAGGCGUGCAUGGCUGCGACAGUGCAGCCCGCAGCGGAAGCCGUCGGCCAUGUUUGUGGUCACGUUCGCGUCAACUUCCGCCGAGACGCAGCCGAAGAUCGCGAUUUACUGAUCGUAUAGUUACAACCAAUAAUUACAGACAAUUAAUUUUUAUAUCAAGUAAAUAUGGUCUUCUACUACCAUAUUCUACCAUAUUAUGUAGUAUGUAAAAUAUCAAACAUAAUAAUAGAUUACAAUAAAAAUAUAUCUUAGAUUAAAAAAAAAACAACAACGGCUUAUAUUAUUUUUAAGAUGCAACUGAUGCAACAAAAUUUCUUAGUUAUCGCACCUGAAGUGCCUUCCUAGAAUAAAAGUAUAAUGGUAAUCUUAGUAUAAUUGUAAAGCAGUUGUGGUAUUUGUGAUUUUGAAAUGCACUAACUAUACUAAAUGAUCUCAUAUGCUAACAUGUAACAUCUUAAUAAAUCUUUGAAUAAACUUA